CACCGGAAGUUGUAAUAUCAAAAUCAAAACAUUCUGGAAGCAAGACACACGUGGAGUAGUGACAGUUGUAAACUGUUUAUAUUACUUUUUGUUUGUUUAGUGCUUGUUAUAAAAACUAACAAAAUGAGUUCAGGUUCAACGAAACCAGUGAAGAAAGUUUUAACGGAUGAGGAGAGAGUAGCCAUGUGUAAAAAAAUGGAUGAAGAUCUGGACAUAUUUAUUGAAGAGAUGAAAGCUAAACACAAGGAAAAAAUGAAAGAUCAACCACCAGAAAAAGAAAAGUCUAUAGACGAGAUAAUUGAGGAAUUAGAACGUCAUCCAGCAUUUGCAAAAGAGAUUGAUUUAUCCAAACCUUUAACUACAGAAGUCGAAGGGUUGAUGGCUUUAAAAUAUGAAUGUGAAGAUCCAACAGCACGAGCUGAUAAUUAUAGAGAAGAUGGUAAUGAUAAUUUUAAAAAGAAGCGUUAUAGAAUAGCUAUAUCUAAUUAUACAGAAGGUAUAACAUCUAACUGUCCUGAUCGUCAACUUAACGCAGUUCUAUAUACAAAUAGAGCAGCAGCACAGUUCCGUUUAGGUAAUUACAGAUCAGCAUUCAAUGAUUGUAUAUUUGCCAGGAAGUAUAAAGUUGAUCAUAUGAAGGCUAUUCUAAAAGGUAUGAAUUGUUGUUUAGAGAUGAAGAAAUAUGAUGAUUGUAUAAAAUGGUGUGAUACAGCUUUAUUGAUGGAUCCUGAUGAUAAAGAUGUCCUUGACACCAGGUCAAAAGCUGAAAGAUUAAAGAAAUUAAAAGAGCUUGAAAAUCGUAAACAAGCUGCUAAAGAAAGAAAAGAGGAAGCUGAGGAGAAGAAACUUAUAGAAUUGAUUCAGAAAAAAGGUGUAAAGAUUGCAGGGUUAGACAAAUUAAAAAAAGAAACAAAAUUAUCACCCCUGGUAUUAGCCAACAUAGAAUCCCAUCAUCCAGCUGGUGCUAAAGUGAAAGUAGAUGAGGAUAAUAAUUUACAUUGGCCAGUUCUAUUUUUUUAUCCAGAAUAUUCACAGACAGAUUUUAUAGAAGCAUUUAAUGAAACAAAUACGUUUGCUGAUAAUAUUUUACACAUGUUUGGUGAAGAGGUACAACCACCAUCUUGGGACACAGAUAAUAAAUAUAAACCUGAAUCUAUACAAAUAUUCUUUGAGAAUCGAGAAGAAGAGAAGGUUUAUCCAGUAGAUAUUAACUCAACCUUGGCUAAAACCAUGUUACAUAAAAAAUUCUAUGUGCAUGGUGGAACUCCAUAUUUUAUUAUAGUUGUGAGAGGAUCAAAAUAUUAUGAUGAAUUUUUAAAACGAUAUAAAAUUGCUUCAUAAUCA